AUGAUCUUUACUGUGCGAUUUUUUCUUUGGCUGGUUAUAUGUUCGACUGUGUUAGCAAGAUGCAACAGCAAUGAGGGGCACAAAAGAACGAGUCAAAUAAUUCAGAAACUCUGUAACCUGGGGGAAAUUAGACCUGUGAGAUGCAGUAGUGUAGCGGAGAGCAUGAUUGUCCAGUUUCCCAAGCUCCCGAAAAAGGAGAGCAAAAGACUUUUAGUGCUGGGAGUGUCAUUUCGACUUGCCUUCAACUUCUUUAUGAGGAACUCGACUGCUCCCGAAUGGAACUCGAUGCAGCUGAGACAGUUACGAGAGCUUCUCUUCCAGCAAAGCCAAUUUUACAAAUCUUGUAUCAAGUUUGCGAUCAGAACCUCAGCUCAUGACGAAGUGAAAAAGUGGAAGGCUUUCUGGACCAAUCUAGAUCAUUUUCUUUCAGAAGAGAGUUUCAGCUCGUGCGCGUGGGAGAGCGCGCGUCCUGUUAUUCAACAUGUGAUGUUCACUUCAUCCAAACCUACAUCCAGAUCACAAAGGAUCAGAAGAUGUUGA